GGUUCUGGCUUCGCUUCGUCUCCUUCCCCUUUCCCGAGACUCUCUUUUCUCCGCUUCCCAGCACCGGCGAUAUCACAGCUCGCGACGGCGACAAUCGCGCCGCCGACUGGAACCACAUCACCGCCUCCCUCAUCCCUCAACCGCCCCCUACGUCAUCCUCCCCCGCCUCUGCCUACGUCAUCCACCGCCUCCGUGAGCCGCCGCCCCUCGACGCCGGGCGCCGGAUCCACCUCGCCUUCCGGGCGCCAUCGCCACACCGUCCUGAUCCGGGCUUGGAAGGUUCUUGAGGGUCACAUCACAUGGUCGCUGAUUGGUGGAAGAUGCUGCAGGGCUCUGAGGUCUGAAUAUUGAGCUGAUUCUGUCAUUUGAGCGUGGCUGCUGUCUGUACUCUACCCUUUUGAGGUGCGACAAAAUGGAGUGCAACAAGGAUGAGGCUCUUAGAGCCAAGGAAAUUGCAGAGAAGAAGUUCGAAUCAAGGGACCUGCAGGGGGCCAAGAAGUUCGCCCUGAAGGCCAAGGCUCUCUUUCCUGGUCUUGAAGGCAUUGUUCAGAUGAUUAAUACCUUGGAUAUUUACCUUACUUCGGAGGUGAAGAUUUCUGGUGAGAAGGACUGGUACUCUAUCCUUUCCGUGGACACGUCAGCAGAUGACGAAACUGUGAGGAAACAAUACAGGAAGUUGGUGCUUCAGCUCCAUCCCGACAAGAACAAGUCAGUUGGUGCUGAAGGGGCUUUCCAGAUGGUCAACGAGGCAUGGAAUGUCCUAUCCGAUAAAACCAAGAGAGCACUGUAUGACCAGAAAAGGAAAUUAGUGGUACUACAACAGAAGACUUCUCAAUCAAAUAAGACAAGUGCAACUCCUAGUGCAGCCAAUGGCUUUGAAAAUUUCGCAGCCAAAGUGCCUGCUUCCAAGGCAAGAGCAAACAGGCAAAAGGCAGGAUCAGCAACAUCUGCGGUGCGCCAGCGUCAGCCACCACCGCGUCCGGCUCCUCAUCCAGCUCCUGCUCCUGCUCCUGCUCCACCUCCAACAGUGGAAAAUACAUUUUGGACCUCAUGCAACAAAUGCAAGAUGAAUUUUGAAUAUCUCAAAGUGUACCUAAAUCACAAUCUUCUCUGCCCUAGCUGCCGUGAGCCAUUCCUAGCAAAAGAGAUACCGAUGCCACCAACCGAGGAUGUUCAUGCAGUGAGGGAUUCGAACUUCAAGGGUGCAACUCAAGAUGCAAGAACUGGCAGAAAUUUCCAGUGGGGUCCAUUCUCAAGGGCAGCUGGUGCAGCUAGUGCUACUGCAUCAUCAUCUGCUGCUGCUCAAGCUGCUAAUGUGGUUCAUCAGACGUAUGAGAAAGUUAAGAGAGAGAGGGAGGAGGCACAAGCAGUGGCACGAAGGGAAGACGCUCUUCAGAGGAAGCACAAUCCUCUAAAAAGGCAAGCAAACAUGUCAGAGAAUGUUAAUCAUGGAACGGGUGAUGUUGCAUCUGGAAAGAAGAUGAGAACUGCGGGUAGAGAUGUUGGAGUUGGUUCUUCCUCCAUUCUAUCCGGUCCAUGGGCCAAUUGUUUUAGAACGCCAGGUGGAACUAUACCAUUUCCUACCAACAAUGGAGCCUUUGAGUUUCAAGGUGUUCCUGCUGGACCCAGUUGGAAACCCAGGCCUCCUACUCGGAUCAGCGUAACCAAGUCUUUCUGUCAGUCGAAUAUUAGGACACUUUUGAUUGACAAGAUGAAGAGUGAUUUGAGGGAGAAGCUAAUGGAGAUAAGAAGUAGACCAAUCCAAGUUACUGUUAAUGGAAAAAUGAGUAAGAAGCAUGUGGUUAAAGAAUAUGUUGAGGGUAAUGAAACUCUUGCAUCAGAUGAUUCUACUGCAAACAAAGAUGAUCCAGUGGAGAAUGGUUCUGUUAACAGCACAGAUGCUGAAAAUGAAGACGAUGACCCUUUCUCAUAUACUGUACCUGAUCCUGAUUUCCAUGAUUUUGACAAGGAUCGUACCGAGCAGUCUUUCCAGACUGAUCAAAUAUGGGCUUCAUAUGAUGACGAAGAUGGGAUGCCUCGUUAUUAUGCAUUUAUUCAGAAACUAAUUUCCUUGAAUCCUUUUAAGCUCAAAAUAAGUUAUCUUGCAUCAAGGACAAAUAGUGAAUUUGGAUCAUUGAAUUGGGUUUCUUCUGGUUUCACAAAGACAUGUGGUGAUUUCAGGAUUGGUAAAUAUGAAACCUGUGAUAUAGUCAACAUGUUCUCUCACCAGAUUAAAUGGAAGAAAGGUCCACGUGGGGUGGUUCAAAUUUAUCCACAGAAGGGUGAUAUCUGGGCUUUGUACCGGCAUUGGUCCCCUGAGUGGAAUGAAGAUACUCCAGAUAAUGUGCUGCAUGUCUAUGAUCUUGUUGAGGUACUGGAUGAUUAUGCAGAAGAUGAUGGAAUUUCUGUCAUUCCCUUGAUUAAGGUUGCUGGAUUUAGAACAAUAUUUCAGCGUAAUCAGGAGCCGAAUGUCAUCAAGAGGAUUCCAAAAGAAGAGAUGUUUCGGUUUUCACAUCAGGUGCCCUUUUAUAGGAUGUCAGGGGAAGAAGCUCCAAAUGUCCCCAAGGGUAGCUAUGAGGUCGACCCAGCUGCUAUUUCUAAAGAACUCCUUGAGGAGACGGUGGAAACAGGAGAGGAGGCCCGGGGAGCUUCUGAAUGCUGAUUAAGACAGUUGAUGCUGACUGACUCCAUACCUAUUAUAAUGCCUUUAUUGACCUGUCGUUUUGAAUCGAAGACAUUUGCUAGUUUCUAUAGUCUCCAAGGUUCUAUUGCUUUUGACAGUUACCUCUACAUACAAUGAUUAGUCUGGAGCUGGCAGUUCCUAAAUCCUUGUGUAUCAUAUGAGCAUGUGUCUUGUCAUCAUAACGAUAUGCUGAUAAUUUGAGUUAGAGACAGGUUGUUUUGUAUGUCACAGAAAAAAAAAUUAUGUAGUUUUUAUCCUUGGGCUAGCUGGUACCGGUGAAGAAUUUUCUUUGCGGGCCUGCCAUUCUGGGUCCUGAAGAAGUUCAACCCAGAGGUGUCAUUGUGGCUGCAAGGCAAUCCCAAUUGAGCUUGGCAGACACUGGAGCAGAAUCAAGGCAACAGGUGGAGCUCUUGUACUGAAGGUGAAACCAAGGAAUGCAAAUGCUAGUAUGUUAAAUGUUGCAAAUGGUAGUUCUGCUUUAUUGCACUGUAGAGAGCGCAUCCAGAUCGAGAUCGAGAUCCAGAUCCAGCCUAAUGGGUCAGAAUCGGAACUAAGGAAGGAAGAGGGCCUGGGCCUGGGCCUGUCUCUGUCCGUUGAUCCAAGUGACAGCAAUCACAUUCCCGGGCGUCUUGUCUUAAGUUUGGGAUUUCAAAUUUGCGCAUGCUUUCCCAUCCCAUCCCAUCAUCUCUGUUAUUAAGUGAACCAGUCGAGGAUCAUGAGUCGUAUCAUGAUACAGAGUCGACAGGGAAAAGAAGCUCAACAGGCUUCCUUGUUUCGUUUCGUCCAAACUUUGUGCGUGUGUCAAGUUGUGUAGUUGCAUGAGGACCCAAAGCCGUCCGUAUGGAUCAAUUACUUGUUCCUUUUCUUCGGUUCUACUUGUAGUAACAUGCAUGCUUGACAUCCAAGGACAGUAAUGACAUUUCACUCCUA